AUGUUUGGACAGAAGCCAGUGAAACAGCAGUCCUCUAUCAAUCCAGACGAUGGCAGCAUUUCUCCUGCACGCAGCCUGCUCCGUGCGUAUCCCCAGAGUCUGUCCCAGGCCGAGCGCAGCAGCGUGCCAGGGGCGGGGCGAGUCCUUCCGCGUGCUUCCACUCGUCCGGAAAUAACAUCAGCCCUAAUCACCAAAGACGACAAGAGACUCAUAUCCCCGCAAUCGUACAAAUACAUCCACAACCAACCGCGCAUCUGCAGUGAAAGAAGCGAAAUCCUAGUAGUUUUCCUCGUUCCAGUUUCCCCUCGCCAAGUGGAGGCGCGAGAGGCCGUGCGUAAAACCUGGGGGGCGCCUGGUCCGGACACUUUGACACUGUUUUUUGUGGGAUCAGAUGGAGACGCUGAAAUCCAAGGCAAGGUGGAAGAAGAAAGCAGGCAGCAUGGGGAUAUCAUUCAAAUGGAUUUCGUUGACAGCUAUCAAAACUUGACCAUAAAAACCUUAAUGUGCAUGCACUGGCUGAGCGUGCAUUGCCCACAGUCGCUCUAUGGGAUGAAAGUGGAUGCUGAUAUUUUCGUGAAUAUAUUCUACCUCAAGAAAUACCUCAGACAAAGCCCACGUACCGACUUUGUCACUGGUUCGGUUAUUAGUGAUGGAACACCACGACGCGACAGCAAAAGCAAGUGGCACAUAUCGGAGCGAGACUACAUAGAAGACGCGUUCCCACCGUAUGUAUCCGGAGCUGGGUACGUUUUCUCUCGGGACGUGGCUGGACGGGUGUCGUGGGUGUCCCAGUUCGUGCGCCCUGUCCCUCUGGAAGACGUGUACGUGGGCUUGUGCCUGCGCGCCUUGGGUGUGAGCCCCCAGUACGCGUACAGUUUGGGGGCCGCGUUGCCGUUCGUGCACAGUCUGUUCGAAGUGCGGAGUCUGGAGUAUGACAGAUGUGGAUUCGCAAAGUUGAUCCUCGUGAAUGGGUUUAGUUUGGAGAAGCUGGUGGACGCGUGGCGGGAUUUUACGCACGGAAGAGGGGAGGGCGAGGAGGCAGUGGGAGGAGGUGUUUUCCGAAAUGGGACGCAGCCCGGGUUUUGCGUGAGUGGUGUUUUCGAGCCGACGCAGAGAGAGCCGCGUCUGUCCACUGUGCACAUUCUGAGGAUUGGACUAAACUACACUAAAUACAAACUAAACGCCCUAAACCAGCGGAGGUCACGCAGAAGGCGGGAUGGCGGUGCUUCGGACUUCACCGGGAGUGUAGAGAAAGGCUUUUUACGGACGGCGUCCCGCUCCAUUGUCCACAUUCUCAGCCUGUCCCGUGUCCGAGUGUCCCGUGUCAUCUGUCUGCAGGAUGCAUAUGAAUAG